AUGGAUUAUUCAGAAAAUAUUCCCUCCAAUGAUCAAAACAAAAACCUCACUACUGUUGCACCACCACCUCCUUCAUUUUCGUACUUGACAAGAGAUCAAGAGCACGAGAUCAUGGUCUUUGCUCUACGACAAGUCAUAUCGAACUCAGGAGGUGACACGUCAUCAUCAAAGUUGAUCGCCGGCGAAGCUCUUCCACCACCGGACGCUGGUCCUUGUCCUCUAUGCGGCAUCACUGGUUGCUUCGGCUGCGCAUUCCCACGACAGUUAGAAGAAGUAAAGGAGAAGAGGAAGUACAAAGGAGUGAGGAAAAAGCCAUCGGGUAAAUGGUCGGCGGAGAUAUGGGAUCCGGUUUCAAAAGAAAGGAAGUGGCUUGGAACGUUUCCGACGGCGGAGAUGGCGGCGUUUGCUUACGAAAAGGCGGCAGCUGAGUUUGUCGGGAGAGUAUCAGCGAGACAGCGAGGUUGA